UUUGUCAUUUGCACGAGGGGAUGGAGGACAAAUUCUGACAUAGAGUGAAAUAAUUUUAUGAAAUAUUGUUGGAAACAAGGAGAGGUUAAAGAAAGAUGUCUGGUCUCGGUCGUGGGGGCCGAGGGGCCUUGCUACUGAAGGCCCUUGAGAAACCUGUCAAGCUACCUGGGCAGCCGGCACCUGGACAACAGCAGCAGCAAGAGCAGCAACCACAGGAGGCUAAGCCUACAGAAACUGAUGCAGCUCAAAAAUCUUUGCCAGUUGGCAGAGGGAUUUCCUCUCAACUAAUGGCACAGACAGCUUCAGCAGCAAGUCAACCUCCACCUGCUGCAGAGUCUAAACCGCCUGUUGAAUCGAUGUCCAAGAUGACCAUUCAAGAGCCAAAGAUCACGAAGAAGAUGGAGAAAGGCACAGCAGGGGCUGAAGUCCCAGUUGUGGCAAACUAUAUUCCUAUAAAAGCCACUUUUGGAGGAGCCUACCAGUAUGCUGUUUCCUACAGCCCUGACAUUGAGAGCAAAAGCAUAAGAUAUCAGCUGCUAAAUGAGCACAGAGAUGUGAUUGGAAAAACUAGAGCCUUUGAUGGUGCUGUUUUGUUUUUGCCAAAGAAGCUUGAUGAGGAUACUAAGAUGCUAACUUCAACUAGAAAAACAGACGGUGCUGAAAUCAGGCUAACCAUCACCUUUGUAAAACAUCUUGACCCUGAAGAUCGUCAGUGCAUGCAGCUCUACAACAUCAUGUUUAGACGUGUUAUGAGGAUCCUGGAGAUGAGCCAAGUUGGGCGCUACUACUACAAUCCAAAUCAACCAGUGCCCAUUCCUCAACACAAGCUAGAGCUCUGGCCUGGAUAUAUUACUGCCAUUGAGCAUUAUGAAGGUGGCCUUAUGCUCCUUGCUGAUGUUUCUCACCGACUUUUGAGAACUGAAUCCGUCUUGCAGUUCAUGUAUGCCUUUUACCAAAAGAAACCCCAGAACUUCCAGUCUGAGGUAACCAAAAAGCUUGUUGGCAAUAUCGUCUUGACCAGGUACAACAAUAAGACCUACAGAAUCGAUGACAUUGCCUGGGACAAAAAUCCUCAGAACAAGUUCGUCUUUCAUUCUGGGGAAGAGAUGAGCUACAUCGAUUAUUACGCGAAAUCGUACAACAAGAAGAUAGAUGAUAUCGAUCAGCCAUUGCUUAUUCAUCGCCCGAAACCCAUGAAGGGACAAAAGGCCCCGGCUAAUGAAGUGAUCUGUCUGAUACCAGAGCUUUGCUCAAUGACAGGACUGACUGACGAAAUUCGAUCCGACUUCAGGGUCAUGAAGGACAUAUCAAGUCACACCAGAGUUUCGCCUGGAGAUAGAGAGAAAAGCAUGAAAAACUUUGUCAGUAAUAUAUAUUCAAAUGAAAAGGCUCUUGAAGAAUUGAUGAACUGGGGCUUAGAGCUGGAUCGAAAUCUACUCCAGCUUCAAGGACGAAAUCUACCAGCCGAAAAGAUUCUGCUUGGAAGCACGUCGUUCACGGCCAACAGAGAAGCAGACUGGGGCAGAGAGGCCACUAGAGAAAACGUCAUUUCUGCUGUUAAUCUCAACAAUUGGAUCGUUAUCUACACGAAGCGUGACGAGGCUAAAGCCAUGGACUUCUGCAACACCAUGGGCAAAGUCGCCCCUGCCAUGGGUAUUCAGGUUUCGCAGCCAAUGAAUGUCCAUCUGAAAGACGAACGAACAGAGACGUACUUGAAGGCUAUCAGAGACAACCUCAACCCGAAAGUCCAGAUGGUUGUUACUAUAUUCCCAACUUCAAGAGACGAUCGUUAUGCUGCUGUCAAAAAACUGUGUUGUGUGGAAAGCCCUGUUCCUUCUCAGUGCAUCAAUGCGAGGACAAUCUCGCAGGCUAACAAGCUACGCAGUGUCACACAGAAGAUCGCUUUGCAGAUCAACUGCAAAUUAGGGGGAGAGCUAUGGGCCCUCGAAAUACCAAUGCGAUCUGUUAUGGUUGUUGGUAUUGACGUGUACCACGAUGGUGGCAAAGGCGGGCGCUCGAUUGGUGGAUUCGUUGCAUCCACGAACAAGACAUUCACGCGAUGGUAUUCAAGGGUGUGUUUCCAGCAGCCUGGCCAAGAGCUGAUUGAUGGCUUGAAGGUCUGCUUCACGGCAUCAUUGAGAAAAUAUCACGAGGUGAAUCACGAUUUACCUGAGCGAAUCAUUGUUUACCGUGAUGGUGUUGGUGAUGGACAACUCCACGUCGUUGCUAACUACGAGGUGCAGCAGUUCUCUGAUUGUUUCGCCUUGUUCGGUGAAUCUUACAAACCAAAAAUGGCCGUGAUUGUCGUCCAGAAGAGGAUAAACAUGAGAAUCUUUGCAGCGACAAGCCAAGGAGGAAAACUUGAUAACCCACCCCCCGGCUCAGUUGUUGAUCAUACAGUGACGAGAAAAGAUUGGUUUGAUUUCUUUUUGGUGAGUCAACACGUCCGACAAGGCACUGUAUCGCCGACUCAUUAUGUUGUCGUACAUGACGAGUCGGGUUUGAAAGCGGAUCAUUUGCAAAGGCUUUCGUACAAGCUAACACACUUGUACUACAAUUGGCCUGGAACUGUUCGCGUUCCGGCACCUUGUCAGUACGCCCACAAGUUGGCUUAUCUGGUUGGUUGCUCGCUACACAAAGACCCUGCCUUGGAGCUGUCAGACAGGCUGUUCUUCUUGUAGUUGUCUUGUCAUUAUCCAUCAGAAGAUGUCAGGAGAUCGUGCUGUUCCUUGGAAAGAGAAUUCGGAGAUGCAUCAUUGGUUGCAAGUAUUUUUGUAUUCAGAUAACGCCACAAGUGUUUGUUGCUACCUGUAACAUACUGAAAACUAACCACAAAAUACUGGCCCAGUGCUCAUGGAGAACCAGAGAAUAUUUCAACCGUUGAUCUUCAACUUUUUGGUUUUGCAUUGUAAAGAGUUGGUUAUGUUAUGUUUGGGGCUGAUAAUAAAGCAUGCAGUGCUAAUGCCAUUUGCGUCUCAAUUGACAACUGCGAAAGUUAAGCUAGAGUCACGUCGCCCCUUAUGGAAUGAUUUCUGUAAAAAUUGUUUCCUCAGCUUUUUGGUACUUCCUUAUAAAAUACUGUAUAAUCUACAUGCUUGUGUAAAGACAGUCGUAUCGGCUUUUCUCUCUUUCUGCACGAGCAACAUUACUACAGGCUAGGUUUCUUCGUGAAAAACUUGGGCCAUCGCCCCUUAUGGAACGACUCAAAUUUAGGCGUGCAGAAAAGCACACAAUGGAAAAAAACUGGGAAUUAUUAUCUGCCUUCUUUCCUUCUACCUUUAUCAUUCGUCAAUAUCAAAUCAUACUUUCAUUGAGCCAUUUGUUUUCAAAUUCAAGAAAAUUGUGCAAGCUUCUGUUUGGGUUUCAACGAGUAUUCGUUUUUGGGAGAUGAAGAAACACGUUGUGGGGGUUGGUUUUGUUUAAGCUAAACAACCGACCGAGGGAAUGACCAAGAAAGUUGAGGUGCAGGAAAAAAAAAGGGUCGAAGGUCUUGUGACAACUUUUUCGUUUACAUUCCGCUUACUUUUAAAAUAUUCUCCUAGUUUUUAAGAAUAAAAUGAAACAACGAUAAUGAGCAAAGAGUUCAAGUAAUGUCGUCAGCAAAAUAAUUUUGCGCGUUUUUUGAAGAUAAACUAACCUAAACUCCUUCAUAUUUAUUUUUAUCAUUGCACGGUCAGAACUCAUGAAAAAAUCGAAUCGUUCCAUAAGGGGCGACGUGACUCUAUUGUUUGUCUCGUUUUUAUCUUCUAUAGAUGUUACGUUUUUACCCCCUGAUCUUUCUAGCAUGCCAUUUUGUUUAAUGCCACGAUGCUUCUGAGCCCCUAUGCGAUAAUAAUAUUGCGAUAUUGAAAAAUAUUGUAGUGCUUUUUUUCCCAUUUUACCCCAACCCUAAUCUUAAUCUUUAUAAAUUGUCAAUGGAAGGCUUGUUGCAUAAAUAGAUUGGAAAGAAUACGUUUUAAUCUGGUUUAAUUUUAUGUUUUUAGGUAUUUUAAUUUUCUUUAAGCCGCAUUAACAUUAAUAUUUGCUGUGGUUUCGUCUUACCCUGUUUUGAUCUUUUCUUUACAUUUCUCAAUAUAUCUUUUCCAGUACACUUUUCGUCAAGCUUUUUCAGGUUGCUUGUCGUUGCUAGAUUGUAUGUAGCAUGCACGUCAUUCCAAAAACUCAAAUUAUUUGCUUCGUUGAAUUAUAAGCAAUUUGAUUUAUUCCUCUCUCUAUAUAAUGUAGUACAUUUGUUCUGUUCGUGUUUUGUACAAGAUGAUAGUUUGAAG